GAUCUAACGCAGGAGGCCUCUUCUCGGUAACGGGAUGCCAUGCAGGGGUGGGGAAAGAGGCUGACUGCAUUCUCUUGAGGCCCGUGAAUGGUGCAUAACCCUCCUAAUCCCGAGAAGGCCCGUAGAGAACUGAGGAAAACGGAGGUGGGGCAUGCGCGGUCUGCAAGGAAGUACUGCACUCUAUUGCCCUCGAGAAGCUUUCGCACGUCGACCGGGGCCAGACGCCUGAGUUCGAGGACGGGACUGCAGAAGGAGCAGCGUGAGCAGGGAGGUCAGCCCCACUUGGAGAUGAGGAAACAGGUUCACAGAAGCACAGCGAUCAGAAAAGGAGCAGAAGCAGGAACUCGCGCCUUUCUUGCAGGCUCCUGUUCAAUCGGGAGGCAAGGGGCAGACUGUGGCCUCAGGUCAGUACCUGACCUGGUACUCCCAAUGAGACCUGCUGUGCUGGGCUCCCCAGGCACUGUACCACCAGAAGAUGAGGGCCCUGUCAUGGUGAAGCUGGAGGACUUUCAGGAGGAAGGUGAAGCCACACCAUGGGACCCAGGCCCUGAGGCUGCACGCCUACGCUUCCGGUGCUUUCACUAUGAGGAAGCAGUAGGGCCCCAAGAGACAUUGGCCCAGCUCCGAGAGCUAUGUCGCCGAUGGCUUCAGCCAGAAGUGCAUUCCAAGGAGCAGAUGCUGGAGCUCCUGGUGCUGGAGCAGUUCCUGGGGGUAUUGCCCCCUGAGAUCCAGGCGCGUGUGCAGAGACAGCAGCCAGGCAGCCCCAAGGAGGCUGCUGCCCUGGCAGACAGGCUGUGCCAGGAGCUUGGCAGGCCUCGGAAAUGGGUGACAGUCCAGGUGCAAGGCCAAGAGGUCCUAUCAGAGAAGAUGGAGCCCUUCACCUUCCAGCCCCUACCUCAAACUGAGUCUCAAACGCCAGAGCCUGGGCCAGAGACGCCCCUUGGGCCCAUGCAGGAAUCACCACCACUGAGCCUUCAGGUGAAAGAGGAGCCAGAGGUUACAGAGGACACAGAGUUUCUGGAGUUUGGGCCUCUAGCUGCCAGCCAGGAGGCUGCACCCAUCCUACUGCCUGAGGACGCCCAGGGCUGUGGGACAACACUGGACCAGGCCUUUGCCCACAGCAAGACUGAGCCUGAAUGGCCCUCAUGGAGGCAGCACCCUGGGACCCUGUGGCAUGAGGAAACUGGGAGCAUCUUCUCCCCAGGGUUUGCACUCCAGAUGAACAGCAUCUCCACAGCCCCAGGUACUGUAAGCCCCCCACUGCACGUCUCCCGGGACUUUGGCAUGGCUGGUCUCUCAGGUUGGAUACGGUCACCCUCUCAGGAAGGUGGCUUCGCGCAUGCGCUCCUGCUCCCCAGCGAUCUGAGCCCUGAGCAGAACCCCAUGGAUAAGGGUUCCCCACGAAGUGUGGGGCCUACACUAGUUACUGCCCGCUGGCACACCCCCAGGGGCCGGGGUCGGGGCCACCCCAGAACCGGGACACGGACAGUUAAGGGCGGCCACUGUGACAUGUGUGGCAAGGUGUUCAGCCAACGCAGCAAUCUGCUGCGGCACCAGAAGAUCCACAGGGGUGAGCGACCAUUCAUGUGCAGCGAUUGCGGCCGCAGCUUCAGCCGCAGUUCACACCUGCUCCGCCACCAGCUCACGCACACCGAAGAGCGGCCUUUUGUGUGUAGCGACUGUGGCCAGAGCUUCGUGCGCAGCGCGCGCCUGGAGGAGCACAGGCGCGUGCAUACUGGUGAACAGCCCUUUAGUUGCUCUGAGUGCGGCCAGAGCUUCCGGCAGCGCUCCAACCUGCUGCAGCACCAGCGCAUCCAUGGCGACCCCCCAGGCCCCGGCUCUGUGCCUCCCACCCUUCCUGUUACGCCUGAGCCUCCAGGCCCCUUUCCGUGCAGUGAAUGCUGCGAAAGCUUCCCACAGCGCUCUGUGCUGCUAGAGCACCAGGCGGUGCACACAGGUAUCAGGUCCUUCAGCUGUAUGGAGUGCGGAGAGCGCUUUGGCCGCCGCUCCGUGCUGCUGCAGCACCGGAGAGUGCACAGCGGCGAGCGGCCCUUCGCCUGUGCCGAGUGCGGCCAGAGCUUUCGGCAGCGCUCAAACCUCACGCAGCACCGGCGCAUCCACACCGGCGAGCGGCCAUUCACUUGUGCAGAGUGCGGCAAGGCCUUCCGCCAGCGGCCCACACUCACACAGCACCUGCGCGUGCACACGGGUGAGAAGCCCUUUGCGUGCCCCGAAUGCGGCCAGCGCUUCAGCCAGCGCCUCAAGCUCACACGCCAUCAAAGGACACACACUGGCGAGAAGCCCUACCGUUGCAGCGAGUGUGGCCUGGGCUUCACACAAGUUUCGCGGCUCACGGAGCACCAGCGCAUCCACACUGGCGAGCGGCCCUUCACCUGCCCUGAGUGCGGCCAGAGAUUCCGGCAGCAUGCCAACCUCACGCAGCACCGACGCAUACACACGGGGGAGCGUCCCUAUACAUGCCCCGAGUGUGGCAAGGCCUUCCGGCAGCGGCCCACACUCACGCAGCACCUGCGCACACACCAGAGAGAGAAGCCCUUUGCCUGCCAAGAUUGUGGCCGCUGCUUCCACCAGAGCACCAAGCUCAUCCAGCACCAGCACGUGCACAGUGCUGAGUAGCUCCAGUCUGGACACACUGUGUCCACCUUGGUCAGAACACUUGGCAGGUUUGUUGGGAGGCCAGUGACUGCAAAGGUGCAACAGGCUCACCUGGGGCUUGGCCCUCAGUAGAUGCUCAAUAAACAGUAGAUGGAAAA